AUGAGACCCAGAAUUGUUCCGGCUCUCUCCCUACACUGGCAAAAAGGCGCCCCCACCCAACCCGGGGCACAAGGGUCCGCCUUGAACACGUGCGAGUGUCCCGGGCGCUCUGUGCGGCCCCGUCUGCCCCGCCCUGAAUCUCCUGGCGGGCUGUACCCAGGAGCGGCUCCCGCCCGCUCCUCCCCCAAAUUAGGUAAUGCCCAAAGGAGGUCUACGUCAGCAGGCUUCACGGACGUUCCUUGCCUUCUUGGGGGAGGUCAUCCCCGAAGUCGCUCAAUUUGGGGGCUGCACGGGACCCUAACACCCCAUUACUUAAACGCUCCUAUGAUAGAGGAACACAGGCAGAAGGGCGGCAGGGGCUGCGAGAGAAGCGAGGGCGGCAAAGAGGCCGCAGAUGUGUCCAGGCCCGCGCACCACCCCUCCGGCGCCGCGAUGGUUUACCCCCGGACCGCGCCCCGCCCCGGCCCCGCUCCAGCCCCACCCUACCACCACCCUGAAUUCUUCCGGCUUCAACGCACGCCACGCUUCAACGCCCGCUACCGCGUGGCGUGCUACCGCGUGGUGUUCUCCCGCUGCUGCAUCGCUUUCCGGGCCGCGAACAGUUCCUCCUGCUGUCACUCCCUGGCCGAGUCCUCCGGCACUGGCUCUCCCGACCAUGCGCAGGAAGGCUGGGCUCGCGGGACUCGCGGUUCGGCGUCCCUCCUUCGCCGGGGAGGGAGGCUGCCCCGGCCGGAGCAUCCCGGUCCCGGGAGGCCUGGACUUGCUGGAAGAGAGCGCACGCUUGUCCCGGACUUGUGCACAGACCUGGCCGGCUCCAGUGCCAACCUCAUCCCAAGGGUGACUGCCAUCCGGACCAGCCCAGACCUGCAGUGGCUGGUACGGCCCACUGAGGUGUUCUUGGCGGCCCCAUCACACAAGAUUCCCCCACCCGUACGGAGUUUUUCUGGCCUGGAUGGGGGUUAUCCCGUGAAGACCAUGGCAGGAGGCGGAGCUCAGGGCGUUGGCAGGAAGGGCAAGGUGGAACAGGUGAGGAGUCGGUGGGCACCUUCUCUCUGUAGGGAGGGCUGGGGUGGCAGCAUUGGAGGAGAUGGGGAGCACGUGGAUAGAAUGAGGCCACUGAUGGAAUUCACUACACAUCCUGAACUGGCAACCCUGGCUCAAAGCCCUUUCCAUCCUAAGUCAGACUCUGAUAGUUCCACCCCAAGAAACAGCCUAAUAGUUUAUUCUUUAGUAGAUUCCUAUCUCAUGCUUGUAGACUGGGCUCUCCUUUCACUUGCUGAGGAUCUUGUAAAAAAGAAAAAAUUUUGUGUCUAUUUUAAUACUUUUGUUUGGUAUGUGUAUUUUCUUAAACAAUGUUUUUUCUGA